AUGACUCAAGUGAAUUUGAAUGAUGAUGUGGUUAGACAAUCAUUAGUAACAUUAAAUGGAGAAUUGAAAUAGCCACCUCUUUCAAUCAUUAUAUCUAAGAGUGAACUCUAAUAGCUGAUAUAACUAAAGCUGCAUCUGCUCAUAAAAAAUAAGAAAUCAAAGUAUUCUGUGGUUUCUUAGUCACACAAAGAAUGUUAAUAUUUUAGAAGACCAACUGACCUUGCUGAAUACAAUUAUUUAAUGGCAUUAGCAGGUGCUACAGGAGUACUUGGAUAUUAUGAACCAUUGACAAAUCUUUCAUAUUUAGUUUCAUCCGUCACUUGUAUUUUAGCUAUUGGUGGAUUAGCAUAAUAAUAGACAGCUUAAAUUGAUAAUAUUUUGGUUGUUUUGGAGUUGGAUUGGGUUUUGCUGGCACUCUUGGAUCUAAAGGAUUCUCCCCAGAAUUAUUAGCUUAAUGGACAUCAAUUGUUAUUUUAGGAUCUACUGUUAGUGGUAUAGUUACUGCCAGAGUUGCAAUCACUGAUUUAUCUUAAUUAGUUGCCUGCUUCCAUUCGUUGUUGGUUUAGCAGCAGUCUUAACUUCUAUUGGUAACUAUUUACAUGCAUCCCUCAUUUGGCUGAGGAUCCAGCUGCACUUUUUCAUAAAUUAUCAAUCUUCUUUGGUAUUUUCACAAGUGGUAUCACAUUUACUGGAUCACUCAUUGCCUUAGCUAAAUUAUAAAUCUAUUGCCUUCAAAUUCAACAGUUAUUCCUUAUCACAAUUAAGUAAACAUUACAUUGGCAGCCUUAUCUGUGUAUUUUUAUUAAUCCAUAAUCAAACAGGUAGUUUUUCUGUUGGAAUGACAGCUUUGUUAACAGCAACAGCUACUAGCAAAAUUUUAGGAAUUACAUUAACUGA